AUGGCACCUGUACCCGAUUUAGACUUUCACAAACGACAUCGAGACCCCCAAGAGGCUGGUGUUCAGCAUGGAGACCACCUUGCACGAACACCACCUGUCAGAUCAGGCGUAUUUAAUCAACUGGGAGGACCUUACAUCAAUUAUGUACCACGGCCUAAUGCUGAGCGUCUUAGCCUUAUCGAGGGGGAUCAUGACACCUUUUCUCAUAUUGUUAGCUUAAUUGGAGAAUAUGAAGGUGUUUUAGAUCGACACGAGAGUCUGGCGGCAAACUUGGGGGCAAAGCUAACCGGACCACGACUACUCAAAGGUAUCGAGAAGUUCUUUGAUGGACCCAUCAAGACUAGUUCUUCACAGCCCGUCUCGGCACCAAUAAGCUGGCUUGACGUGGUUGCUUUUGCAAAGGCUAGCCCAGGCGAAUUCAGCCUCACAACAAUGCCUGACGGCAGCCGUUUCUGUCGAUUCUCUUAUAACGGCGUCCAUGUUGAAAUCACUGAGGAUGAUUGGAGACUGAUAUCGUCUGGAGCCCUAGAUCGCUUCCCCCUUGAACACCCGUUCGAAGAAGACGAAACUGCUGAGUUGGCGACGUUGGAUAUAUUGGAACAACGAGCUUCGAUUCUUUACAAGAAGGCCGACGAAGUGGCUGCUCGAGCCCGCAUUCUUCAUCACAGGCUUGGCCACAGGAAGAAUGACCUGUCUCGUAGACGAAGUCAAGACAGUGGAGGCCCAAGACACCAACCUCCGAACGCUCCUGGACGGCAGAACAGUUUUAGCACCUCGUACGACUUGCAUGCAGACCUGCUACAUCAAUUUUUGACAAUGGCUCCAUCCAAUAUAAAGCCACAGUCUGCCUCCGACGCUGGAUUGUCAGCCAUCAACCUUGGCCCGUCGUCGCCAUCUGUUCACUCGCCGCAUCAUCACCAGCACCGCCUAUCCACGCAGUCUUUGCGUUCCCCGGGAGGAACUCCGCUGGACAAUCAGAUGAUGAAUUCGGCGGAAAGCAGGGGAGAAAUCUUGCGGUCACUCAUUUGUCAAAGCACUGAUCGACUUUCGAAAGGCGAUGUCAUAAACCCUCCCUGUGACCGGUGCCGCCGCCUGCGAUUGCCCUGUAUCAAGCAUCUUACAGCCUGUCAGGGAUGUACUAAGAAGCACGCCAAGUGUAGCUGGAAGUCAGUUACAGAUGAUGAAGCAGCGAGAGUUAAAUAUGAAUUAGGGACUGAGGCGGAGACGAUGGCGGAAAGCGACAAUGAUAUUCUGGGCCCAAACGAUACUCGAUAUCCCCGAGCGCCCUUGGAAUCUCGAAGUAGUAUAUUUAGUUCCGAAGGCACACCUGGACCGGGAAGUCGAGCCGACCCUGACAUGAGCAUGCCAAUGGUUCACAGCCCAGACUCUAUUUCGAUAGCACGACACGAGACACCAGACCAAAGGCCGCCAAACCUGGCAGCUGGGCUGGGGGGAAUACCUCGCAUAAGGGAACCGAUUCGCCCUAGGCAUUUUGGGCCCAUAUCAGGCGAGAUGGAUGCAAUACGACGCGCGCAAGACCCAUCUAAUCCGCCGUCGAGAUGA